AAGAAUAGCUAAGCUAAGCUAGUGAUUUUGUAUGAUAGUGUUUGUGUUAGUGUGUGUUUUUGUGUGAAGAGACACACACGCACACAAAGCCCAAAGAAUACAGUAAUAUAAUUAUUUUCUUAAAGAAAACUUUUGAAGAAAAAAAGAGUUUACAACUGGUUACUACUAGUUGUUUUGCUUGUGGUCUCAAUUCCAUUUUCUCAACACCAAAAACCAUAGUACCUAUCAGUUCCAAUUUCUUUUUCUAUUUCUUAUUCUUCUAUCCCUCUCUUCACAGAUUUUUUUUUUUAAUUUUCCUUUCAUGCGUGCUGCUUCCUUCUCAAUAUGGAUUUCUGGCCACAAUCGAGUCGUAGGUCAGGUUUAGAAGCACCGCGAAAAUGGCGGGGUUGUUCUCGUUAGGAGGCGGUGGUGGUGGAGGAGGAGGAGGAGGAGGAGGAAGAGGUAGCAGCGGAAACCACCAGGACCAGGAACAGCAACACCAGCACCACAGUCAAAACACCGAAAUUCCUCCUCCAGAGACCUUAUUUUGGUACAAACAAAACGACGACGUUUCAACAUACCGCGGUUUCGAGCUAUGGAACCAGCAUCAGCUUCAGCAGCAACAGCAGCAACAUCACGUGAUAGCACAUCACCAUCAAGCCCGCCCUCUCUUCCACCGAGAUCUCUACUCGUCGGCUGUUGCCCUUGGCGUGGGGCCCAGCGGCGCGUCCGAUGAGCAGUCUCCGUCGAGAUCGGCGGUUAUGGCGAUGCGGUCCGCCGGGGUGGGAGAAGCCGGAGGAGCAGGAAGCGGAACAACCGGAAUAAGCUGUCAAGAUUGCGGAAACCAGGCGAAGAAAGACUGCCCUCACAUGAGGUGCAGGACUUGUUGCAAGAGUCGUGGGUACGACUGCCAGACCCACGUGAAGAGCACGUGGGUCCCAGCCGCUAAGCGCCGCGAGCGGCAACAGCAGUUAGCGGCGCUUCAGGAUCACCAGAACAGAGAUGCUUCAAAGAGACCUAGAGAUGGCGGUAAUAGCAACAACCCUUCCACUUCUUCAGCACUUGUUUGCACUACUCGUUUGCCCUCCACUGGGUUAGAGCUUGAGCAAGGAAAUUUUCCAUCAAUAGUGAACUCUCCUGCAGAGUUCAGGUGCGUGAGGGUUAGUCCCUUGGAUGAUGUGAAUGAACAGUACGCUUAUCAAACCGCCGUCAACAUCGGAGGCCAUUUGUUCAAAGGGAUUCUCUAUGACUACGGUCCGGACAGCGAAAAUGCUAGCUACUACGGUGGUGGCAGCGGAGGCGGCGAGGGUUCUUCUUCCGCUAUUGCUGGAGCUCAGCCCUUGAACCUCAUCACCGGCACUGAUUCUGCCACCACCGCAACCGCAACCGCCCCGGGUGUGUCGUCUGCAGAGGCUCUUGAUGUUGAUCCUUCGUCGUUGUACAAUCCAGCUCCAAUUAAUACAUACAUGGCUGGUAGUAGCGGUACGCAAUUCUUCCCUCAUCAUCCAAGAUCUUGAAAAGAAAAGAAUAAAAAAUAGGAAAUAGAAAAGAACAAAGAAAAAGAAAGAUGGUGUGAAGAUUGAGUGCUAUGUACUGGAUCUGGCUUCUAUUUCACGGGCUUUGUGUAUGUUUGGAUUAUUAUUCAUGACAUUGGUGUGGACUACUAGCUGGUAGUGAAGUAUGUAGGGGCAAAGAGAAAGAGUUGGUAGAGAGAAAGAUAAAUUGGAGAGAACACGAGAAAAUUAUGCAGGCAUUAGGUGUUUGUUUUUUUGCGUUAUAUGGAUGCUUAGUUCAAAAAAUACAUCAUUAAUUAUUAUAUUCUUCUCCUCCUACUUAUGAACUAGCUAAAGCUAUAUCUCAUUUCAUUUAUCUGUACGAUAUUAUUUUAUAAUGCAUGGAUAUUAUAGUGCAAUAGUACUUGUAUGUGUAGUGUUUCUUGUUUAAUGUUAUGUCACACAUUAAUUUUUCUUUGCUGGUUUUGGUUGUUAUAUUGAACUGGGAAACAUAUGGGUUUUAAAUUUUGAUCUUUAUUUUGUUUUGACUAACCAAUGCAUUAUUUGAAGAAUGAUGAAGAGAGAAAGAAAUUUCUCUGAUUAUUAACAUUUUGGUAUGGGGAGGUCCAACCAUGCAGGAGCAUUAUUCAAGUUUAAAAGGUGAAACAUCUCUCUCUCUCUCUCAACCAUGUCACGAUACUGUAAUUCCAAUGGCUAAACUUUGCAUAGAGAUGUGACGUUGGUUUUUAAAAACGAGAAGUAUUGCUUAUCAGUGUGUGCUCAUAUUUAAUGCACAUGCAAGAAAACUCUACGUAUAUGGGGGAACACUUCAU